AUGUCCAACGAGCAACGGCUCUCCGCCGGUCAGGACCUUGCUAUUGCGAGCUAUAUAGUACUGGCAAUGUACAACGACUCGGAGUGGGCGUACAUCCUGCAGGGCCAUGAGGACGUCGGGAAGAGCGACUUGCGGUCCUUCCCGCAAGGCGUCCCGCAUUCGCUGCAGGGCCUAGAAGUCAGCUGCGAGUUCCUGCUGAUCUUCAACGGCGACGGAAAAUCAUCCGAGUACAAAGCCUUCCAGCUCACAGACUGGUUGGCGCACACGCCGCGCGACAUCCUCCGCAAGAACUUCAAGGUGCCCAAGUCCACGCUCGAGCACCUCCCCGCGCGCGAGCAGUUCAUCUUCCGCUCAAUCUUCUCCAAGAAAAGCACCGCGGACGGGACGCAGUCUGGCCCGACCCCGACUCGCCGCAGGCUCACGCACAAGAUGCUCGCGCAAGAGCCGACGAAAGUCCCCGGCGGCGAGGUGCGCGUCGUGGACAGCACAAACUUCCCGGUAACGACCAUCAGCGCGGCGCACGUCGUCAUCAACACCGGCGCGCUGCGCGAAAAAAAUUCACUGACACCCGUAUGCGGACGAGUGGUCGAUGUUCCUGAGCGGGAAGACGAAGUUAACGGCAACUUCGUCGCGGGCGACGUCAUUAUCGUCCCACGCGACUGCAGGCACUACAUCGAGAGCAUCGGAUACCCCAUCGAGAUGCUCGAGAUCUUCAAGUCGCCCAAGUUUGAGGAGUUCUCCCUCAAGCAGUGGCUCGCGAUCACACCGCUGCACCUCGUUCAGGCGCAUCUGAACGUUGGGGAAGAGUUCACGAAGGCCCUCGGCAAAGGUCACACUCCGAUGCGUGAUGGUCAUGUACUGCAGAAUGCGGGACAUGCAGUGAAGAACGCCUCAGGGAAGCCGUCUGCGAAGCUCUGAGAGGCCGUACUAGUACUAACGUGAGAAGCUGCUGCGGAAGAUGUAAGUAGGCGUGUCUGUAAUACCAGUAUCCCUGGCUUGUGUCUUCCGUUCGUGUUCAAUGAUUGCGAUAUGCCGCCCUAUGAUAGGCACAGACACCCACAGUCACAAUACGUAUGCCACUCAACCAUGUGUCGAGCCGGCAUUGAAUCCAGGC